GCGACGUGGCCAGGCGAGCGGCGGGAGCGCACGCAGGCGGAGCGCAGCCUCGCACAUGGGCCGGCCUGGCCGCCGCCUCUAGCCGGGCCCGGAGCUCGCAGCCCGCGCGGCGGAGCCGCUCCAGCAGCCAUGUCCCUCGGCGGAGCCUCGGAGCGCAGCGUCCCAGCCACCAAGAUCGAGAUCACCGUGUCCUGCCGGAACCUCCUGGACCUGGACACCUUCUCCAAGUCCGACCCCAUGGUGGUGCUGUACACACAGAGCCGCGCCAGCCAGGAGUGGCGGGAGUUCGGACGGACCGAGGUGAUCGACAACACGCUCAACCCGGACUUCCUACGCAAAUUCGUCCUGGACUAUUUCUUCGAGGAGAAGCAAAACCUGCGCUUCGAUGUGUACAACGUGGACUCCAGAACCAACAUCUCCAAGCCGGUAAGCGGGCGCGGCCUUUCACACGGCCCAGCCUCCUCCCCUCGACCCACCCUGCUGGCCCCUCAUGCCCGCUUCUCUUCCUUCCUGCCUCCCCUCGGACGCGCAGAAGGACUUCCUGGGACAAGCGUUCCUGGCGCUGGGAGAGGUGAUCGGAGGCCAGGGCAGCCGUGUGGAGCGGCCUCUCACGGGUGUCCCAGGCAAGAAGUGUGGGAGCAUCCUGCUAACUGCAGAGGAGCUCAGCAACUGUCGGGACAUUGCCACCAUGCAGCUGUGUGCAAACAAGCUGGACAAGAAGGACUUCUUCGGCAAAUCGGAUCCCUUCCUUGUGUUCUACAGGAGCAACGAAGACGGUUCACCAUCUGCCACAAGACCGAGGUGGUGAAGAACACACUGAACCCUGUGUGGCAGCCCUUUAGCAUCCCCGUGAGGGCGCUGUGCAACGGAGACUACGACAGGACUGUGAAGAUUGACGUGUAUGACUGGGACCGAGACGGCAGCCACGACUUCAUCGGUGAGUUCACCACCAGCUACCGGGAGCUGAGCAGGGCGCAGAGCCAGUUCACGGUGUACGAGGUUCUGAACCCGCGGAAGAAGUGCAAGAAGAAGAAAUACGUCAACUCGGGAACUGUGACACUGCUGUCCUUCUCGGUGGACUCGGAAUUCACAUUUGUUGAUUACAUCAAAGGAGGGACGCAGCUGAACUUCACGGUAGCUAUUGACUUCACAGCUUCCAAUGGAAACCCUCUGCAGCCCACCUCCCUGCACUACAUGAGUCCCUAUCAGCUCAGCGCCUAUGCCCUGGCCCUCAAGGCAGUGGGAGAAAUCAUCCAGGACUAUGACAGCGACAAACUCUUCCCAGCCUAUGGCUUUGGAGCCAAGCUGCCCCCCGAAGGGCGGAUCUCACACCAGUUCCCCUUGAACAACAACGACGAGGACCCCAACUGCGCUGGCAUCGAGGGGGUACUAGAGAGCUACUUCCAGAGCCUGCGCACCGUGCAGCUCUACGGCCCCACCUACUUCGCUCCAGUCAUCAAUCAGGUGGCCAGGGCUGCAGCUAAGAUCUCCGACGGCUCCCAGUACUAUGUUCUGCUCAUCAUCACGGACGGGGUCAUUUCUGACAUGAUACAGACCAAAGAGGCAAUCGUCAGCGCCUCCUCCUUGCCCAUGUCCAUCAUCAUCGUUGGAGUGGGGCCUGCCAUGUUCGAGGCAAUGGAAGAGCUGGAUGGCGAUGACGUACGUGUGUCCUCCAGGGGGCGCUUCGCAGAGCGGGAUAUUGUUCAGUUUGUCCCGUUCCGAGACUACGUGGACCGCUCGGGGAACCAGGUUCUGAGCAUGGCCCGACUGGCUAAGGAUGUGCUGGCUGAGAUCCCAGAGCAGCUGCUGUCCUACAUGCGCACCAGAGACAUCCAGCCCCGGCCCCCGCCUCCAGCCAACCCCAGCCCUUCCCCAGCUCCAGAGCAGCCCUAAGCAGCCCACUGUCCCAUGCCUGGCAGUCUGCCCACCUGCUCCUUCCUGCUGAAAGCCAGGGGUACCUGAAGCCCUGGACCUUGCUGGCAUCAGCGCUGGCAGGCGUGCCCUCUGCCCCUCCCUGCAGCAGGCCUGGCACUAGCAGCAUCUCCCCUGCCCUCAUCCAAUAAUAAAGCUGGUCUUUGCUCUA